AUGUGCUAUUUAAGACGUACGAUACCCGGUGUUAUAUCUCAGGAUUACGAUGUUUCGGAAAUACAAUGUACAUUUUCGGGAAUAGGUGAUGGGAAAAAUAGGGAUUCUAUAGCGGCAAAACUUAAAAAACCCGAAGGAUUUCGCGGUUCACCUUUGUUUGCGGACGAUAGAAAUGCUGAUCCUCUAACUGAUUUACAAUGUCAAAUAAGACCGGAUCAUAAUGAUGCCACCGAAUUAACUUAUAAUCUCCUAAUAACCGAUUUCAAUCGGUGUGGAGUUUUGAAAAGAAAUGGAUUCGUACACGUUCGUAUUUGGUUUCCACAAUUUCCCGGUGUUGUCAUGAUGUCCGAUCAAGAACUUAUAUUAAUGUGUAAACCACCAGAACCUACAGUUAUUGAAAAUAAAGCAGCUGGUUUUGCUGGAAGUUUUCCACACGGUGCAAGAGUUUCUGGUGUUGUUGAAGAAACUCCCGGACAUCUCGAAUACGAAGUUGCUUUGUAUAAAGAAGCACCUGCUAGAAUAAGCACCAACACAACGAGUGAACUACCCGUUGAUCAAGCGGUACCGAUCGGUACAAAAUUACAACUUAGAGCCAGAAUAAAUCCUGAUUCAGCUUGGAAAUACGUUAAAUUAAUGGAAGUGACCGUUUCUCCAGAUCCGGAUGAUCCUCACAAAGCCGGAAGUGUUGCACUCGUAAAAGAUGGAUGUCGAAAUCGAGAUUUUGCAUCAAUUAUACCACAUCAACCUGCAAGGUAUAGAAACAGUUUUAACGAAGUAUUUCUCGAUUUCGAAGCUUUCCUAUUAAGUUCAAUGAGAGAAAGAUCAACAUUGUGGAUACAUUCGCAAAUAAAAGCUUGCAUGGAUGCGGGUGAUUGUCAACCGGAAUUUUGUCUCGAUUUAUUCGAACCUUCGGGUAAUGGAAAAAGAAGAAAAAGAGAAACGGAUAUUUCACGAUCAUCUAGAAAAACAAUUAAUUCAACAAAUUCGACAAAAUUUCAAGAUAAUUUAGAAUAUACCGUACUCAUGCCAGGAGAUUUUUUUCAAAAGACGUACAACGGUGAAGAAUCCUGCAGCACUUUAUUGUACAUAACAUCAUUUUUGGGAAUUAUUUUAUUUAUAUCUGCUUUAAUAAUGUGUUAUUUAGCAACUAGAUUACAUGGAUUUAUUAAUAAACAACAGCCAUCGAUGAUAGAUCACAUUUUAACAAGAACGCAAAAAUAUCAAAAUCCAACAGAAAAAUCUUGUUAUACAGGAAGAGCUACAGUUCAAUAA